AUGUGGGUCCUGGCCUGCCUCCUCGCCGCUCUAAUGGGGAUCCAGGCUGUUGAGCGGCUGCGCCUGGCAGAUGGCCCCCACGAGUGCGCUGGCCGGCUGGAGGUGUGGCAUGCAGGGCGCUGGGGGACGGUGUGUGAUGACGGCUGGGACCUGCGGGAUGCCGCUGUGGCCUGCCGGGAGCUGGGCUGUGGGGGAGCGCUGGCUGCCCCCGGCGGCGCCUUCUUUGGGGAGGGCGCGGGGCCAGUGUGGCUCAGCGAACUGGCCUGCCGGGGCAGCGAGGGACAGCUGGGCCUGUGCCCCCACCGUGGCUGGAAGGCUCACAUCUGCUCUCACGAGGAGGAUGCAGGCGUUGUCUGUGCAGGCCAGCGCGUGGCGGCAAAUUCCAGGGACGAGUCAGCCCCCAUUGUGGAUGGGGACCUGUGGCUGGGGCUGUCCAGGGAGUUCAGCCUGGGGUCUGAGGUGCCCCCCACGACUUCUGCCCCCCAGCCGGUAGGGAGCCCCCAGAACAGUGGUGGCUCCCGGAAGAAGAGCCCCCGGCCACCCAAGCAGGCCAAGUCCACCAGGGCUCCUGUGCUGACCACUGGGGCCCCCCGCCAAGAACGGCUGCGGCUGGUCUCAGGUACCCACGGCUGUGUGGGCAGGCUGGAGGUGUGGCACGCAGGACGCUGGGGAACAGUGUGUGACGAUGGCUGGGACCUGCGGGAUGCUGCUGUGGCCUGCCGGGAGCUGGGCUGUGGGGGGGCACUGGCUGCCCCUGGAGGUGCCCGAUUCGGCCCAGGCUCAGGGCCGGUGUGGAUGGACGACGUGGGGUGUGGAGGUGGAGAGCAGGCCCUCCGUGACUGUCCUCGCAGCCCCUGGGGUCGGAGCAACUGUGACCACAGCGAGGACGCAGGGCUGGUCUGCACUGGACCAGCACCCCGGCUGCGCCUUGCCGACGGCCCCCACGGCUGUGCAGGCCGACUGGAGGUGUGGCACGCUGGGCGCUGGGGGACAGUGUGUGAUGACGCCUGGGACCUGCGCGAUGCUGCGGUUGCCUGCCGGGAGCUGGGGUGCGGGGCUGCGCUGGCUGCCCCCGGAGGUGCCUUCUUUGGGGAGGGGGCUGGGCCCAUCCUCCUGGAUGACCUUCGGUGUCGAGGCAAUGAGACGGCCUUGAGAUUUUGCCCUGCCCGGGCCUGGAGCCAGCAUGACUGUCACCACCGGGAAGACGCCGGGGCUGUGUGUGAUGGCAUGCCCCUUGGCUAUGUCCCCCCCACAACCCCAGCAGUGGGCAACAACAAUUUAACCUCCAGGGCUCUGCCCCACACGGUGACCCAGACCCCGUGGACAACUGGCAUCUCACCCCCUGCAUCCUCCCCUACUACCCCUCCUGAGCCCGGACCAGCAGCCGGGUCACCCCACCUGCGCCUGGUGGCUGGACCCAGCAGAUGCUCAGGCCGUCUGGAGGUGUGGCACGCAGGACGAUGGGGGACGGUGUGUGAUGACAGCUGGGACCUGAGGGACUCAGCAGUGGUCUGCCGGGAGCUGGGUUGCGGAACGGGUCGGCAGCCAGACCCCCCUGCUGGUCGUUUUGGCUGGGGUGCAGGCCCCAUCUGGCUGGAUGAUGUGGCCUGUGUGGGGACUGAGGCUUCACUCUCCAACUGUCCUGCUGCUCCCUGGGGGAAGCACAACUGUGCUCACAAUGAGGAUGUUGGAGUCACCUGCACUGGGACCCCUGGCCUGGACUCCAUCUCAGAUCCAUUCAGCUGGAGCUGGAUCCCUGAACUAGGUAGAGAUCGGGAUGGUUGGCUCCCGAGGGAGCUGGCCACCAAGCCCUCUGCUAGGCUGAUUCCUAGUGCUCCUGAGAAAACAACCGCUAAGGCCCCAGGGAAAAUGCCCAAGAAUACUAAGAAGUGGGUGACAAAAAAUGCAAGAAGACCAACCACUCAACCUCCUGUGAUGCCAACCACUAAAUACUUCAGGGGCUUGGGCACACAAAAUCCCCUAGAACUAACCUCACGGACCACCACAACCAAGACCACUGAGGCCUCUCGAAGAUCACCCUCUGAGUUUACCACAAGGCUGACCACUGAGGCCCCCCACAGAUCGACCUCAUAUACCACAGCAACGCUGAUGCCUCAGGCCUCCCGAGAACUGACCUCUAGGACCUUGGCCACACUGACCACUCAGGGCCACCAAGAAAUGACCUCUGAGGCCACUAUCAAGCAGAUCCCUCAGGCCUCCACAGAGCCAUCCUCUGAGAUCCCAGCAGAGGGAUCUCCAGAGUCAUCCAAAGACCCCUCCCCACUCCCCACUGGCACCACCACUGGGGAAUCAGGCCCCUUCUGGGUUCGUCUGGCCGAUGGACCCAACCGGUGUGCUGGCCGGCUAGAAGUGUGGCAUGCUGGACGCUGGGGGACAGUGUGCGAUGACAACUGGGAUCUGCGGGACGCUGCUGUGGCCUGCUGGGAACUAGGCUGUGGAAGGGUCCAGCCCCGAGUGGGCAAAACCCACUACGGCCCGGGGACCGGGCCCAUCUGGUUGGAUGACAUGGGCUGCAAGGGCAGUGAGGCAUCGCUGAGCGACUGCCCUGCUGGAGCAUGGGGGAAGCACAACUGUGACCAUGAGGAAGACGUGGGGCUCACCUGCACUGGCUACACAGAAGAUGAGGAUUAUCCCCCCUGGACCUGGGACCCCACCUCAGGAGAGGACCUGACGAAGGGAACCACCACUGCAGGGGCACCUGGACUAACUCUCUCCUGGGGCACCACUAGGAGCACUGGGGCCCCCUCCUCCCCAGCAACAAGGCACCUUCCGGACACAGGUGACAAGAACGAUUAUGGACUUUCUUGGACGUGGGACACACCUUCUAGAGGGGACCUGGCCAAGGGCACCCCCACUGCACGCAUACCUGGACUCACUCUCACCACUGGCACCACCAGGAGCCCAGGCCACCCCUUUCCAACACCAAGGGUCCAUGGGGACACAGGUUCCGCUACGAAGCCGUGGUCCGAGCGCCGACUGCGACCCACUGCAGCGAGGACAGCGCUCCCCACCCCUUCCCCAGCUCCCCCCGCCUCACCGGGGCUUCCUGGCCCACCGCUGACCUCUGAUUCUGCCCCCCAGGUGACCUCUGAGCCAUCAGCUUCAAGGCAGGAGGUCACCUCCUACCCUCCUGACACUUCGCCACCGACCAUUAACCCUGCCUCCUGGAUGAACCCUGACCUCGCUUCGGCAACUCCUGACCUUGCUUUGUCCACUCAUGAUUCCACUGUGGUUUCAGACCUGACUCCGGAGCUCUCAUCCACCCCACCACCCACCUUGCCCAAAGAGCUGACCUCUGACCCGUCUGCACCUGCCAAGCUGACCACUCUUCCCCCUACCUCAGAGCUGACCCCAGAAUCUCACACAACCCCAGACUUGGACACAACUUCAUACCCCGACACAAUCCCAGAAUCUUCCAGAUCCCCAGACCCCUCCACAAGCCCUCACCCCACCACAAGCCCUCACCCUACCACCACCACCACUCGCCCCACCACAAGCCCUCACCCCACCACAAGCCUUCACCCCACCAUCACCACCACUCACCCCACCACAAGCCCUCACCCCACCACCACCACCACAAGCCCUCACCCCACCAUCACCACCACUCACCCCACCACAGGCCCUCACCGCACCACCACCACUCACCCCACCACAAGCCCUCACCCUACCACCACCACCACUGACUCCAUCACAAGCCCUCACCCCACCACCACCACUCACCCCACCACAAGCCGUCACCCCACCACCACAACUCACCCCACCACAAGCCCUCACCCCACCAGCACCACUCACCCCAUCACCACAAGCCCUCACCCUACCACCACCACUCACCCUACCACAACCUCUCACUUCACUGUGACCCCUCACCCCAACACCACCACUGCUGGCCCCACCACAAUCCCUCUGCCCACCACAACUUCUGACCCCACCACAACACCUAUGAGCACUACUAAGUCCCUUCCAACCUCCUUACAGACAGAGCUUCCCUCUCCCACUCUAGCACUGGUGGUGAAGCCCAGCCUGUUCCCCCAGUUGACCUCUAUGGGGGCCCCUCACCCCUCCACAUCCCAGAUGCAGAGCCUAGGUCCUUCUCCAGCCUCGGAGUCCAGCCCCUCCAGGCCUUCUCCAGCCCCAAGCAUGGACCCACUGUCCACUGAGGACUUCAAACCACCCAGAAACCAGAGCUCCAAACUAACCUCUCCACCUACGCAGAACCCACUCUCAGCCUCUGAUUCCACCAUGAGUCCUGACCUCCACCUCUUCCCCACGGCCCACCCCUUGGAUCAACCUCCCCGUGAUCACGUCUCUCUAGGACAUACCCCUGGUCAAAGCCCAGGCCCCUUUGGCCCAUGCAUGGCCCCAACACCACCUGUAAGGGUCAUGGCUUGUGAGCCACCUGCCCUGGUGGAGCUGGUGGCCGCUGUGAGGGAUGUGGGUGCCCAGCUGCAGAGGCUGACUCAGGCCCUGGAGCAGGACCAGCAAGAGCGCCAGGCCUUGGGGCUGGGGCUGAGCCAGCUGGUGGAGGCCACCCAGGGUCUGCGGCAGUUGGGUGAGGUGGUGAGGAGACUGGCAGAGGUAGCCUGGCCCCUCAGCACAUCCUUGCCAACCACCACCUCCCCGGAGGAGGAGGAGGAGAGGCCUCUGAGGGGGGAUGUGUGA